AUCUCAGUCUUGUGGGAAACUUUCACGUGAAAAGACCUCGUUUUACUUUCUUACUGCCGAAUCGACUUCUAAAUUAUUUUUUUUAACUGAAAUUUUUACCGUGAAGCCGGUUUUAUAUAAUUUUUAUCGAGUGGGGCUACCGCUUUUUUAGUUUUUGCUCGAGAUAUAUCAAAAUGAAAAGACGCGGAAAUAACAAAGGAAAGUCGGGAGUCGGGGUGCUGGAACUGCACCAAGUGAAGCGCUUGGACAUGUCGGACCAGGUGGCCAUCGUGAAGAGACCGAAGUACCUGCCCAAUCUGCACAACCUGGUCAUGCCGCAGAUAUGCUACGAGCACUCCAACCGCGUGGUGGCGGCCCGUCUCUCCAUCGAGGUCCAUAAGCACGACCAGGAUGCGGCCGAUUUCUUCGAGGGCGCCGAGGCGCCCUGCUUGAAUGUGCCGCGCACCCUGUUCCCGAAUCGCGCUCCCGUGGACAAGAUCAUCUUUAUGCCCAGACUGCUGCUGCCAGUGGGCUUCGAUGCCGGUGGGGUUUUUGCACCAGGUGCCAUCCCACGGCGAUUCUAUCCCAUGGGUCUGAUGCCACCCAGUCACAAGGGUCCAACGCCGCCCCUGUUCGUGGGUCUGCGCACCAAGGACUUCCAGAUGCCGGUUGAGGUGCAGAAACUGCUGGAAAAGGUGCCCCCAGCAAUUACCACGGUGCUGCCCACCACCACGCCGCCGAAGAUGGAGACCAAGAUCGACAUCGGUUAUACCCCGAAUUACAGGCCACCGCCGCUGUCCAACGCCACCGGCAAGGACCGUGCCGCCGAGGGGCCCAGCCUGGAGAUGCGAAUGAUUCGCCAUGAUGUCACCUUGUCGAUGGUCUACACCACACCGACUGCACCGAAGCCACCCACAUCCUAUCCAUUCCGUCAUCUCCCGGUGCAGUACAACAUCUAUACACCGGAUCUGUCCAAUGUCCUGGUGGUCAUGUCGCGCGUAUCCAAGCUAACGGUGGCCAUUCUCUCCACGAUUGUGCAUCCACAUGCGCCGGCCGUGGCCAUGGCCACCAUGGGCGACGAGAAAUGCCCGAAUUUCGAGCUGCCCUCGGAGGUGUUCCCCACCUGUGAUGGCCUCAAGCGUCCCAUCUUUCUGCCCGAGCGUUUCCAGCCCAAGGGAUUCAAGGCCGGCUGCAUCUUUAAGCCGGGCAGUCUGCCGGAGUCGUUCUUUAGGGAGAAUUUUUGGAAGGCCGGAACACCACAGCCACAACAUAGCAAUGGCAUAACACCACCACUGUUUGUGGGCAAGUUCACGACCGCAAGGGCGGCCAGUGCCUUCUUGAAGACGAUCCAAGAGGAGGGCAAACAGAGAAUGGCCGACGCAUCCGGAUCCUCAGCAGAGGCAUCUGGAUCUGGGUCUGUCCAGACCGUGGAAUUCAACACAACCAAGGUACGCUGCACGACCAAGGGGUUUUUGGUGCUGGAGACCGAGAAUCCGGCCACUCCACCGGGUGCACAUAGCCUGAAGAAUUACCUGCAUGCCUACAAUGCAGGAUGCUUUGUGAGGGUCGUACGCGAUGAGGAACCCGAGGACCUCGAGGAGCCUGAGGAACCCAUGGUGCCUCCGGCUUUCUCGAGAAUCGGACUGCGAUGUUGUGCCGUGUGUAUGGAUCCAGCUGGAUGUAUCAUAAACCGCACGCAAAGCCCAGGAAGUACGGAUACGGAAGAGUUCAUUCCGGAGGAGAACGAAAAGGAAGCAGGGGAAAAGAAGCCCAACGAAGCUGGAUCUAUCAAUAACCAGUCGGACACCCCAGAUCCGGAUAAUUUGCCAGAAAUACAACUAGAUGAUACAUACAUUGUUACCGAUCCAGAAGAAUGCUUCGAGGAAAACGGAAAGGAACCAAAGCCUACCGGACCCACAGCUGGAUAUAUUAUAAACCGUCCGGGAACCCCAUUUCCCCUUGCUUUGCCGGAAAUACUACUAGGUGAUAAAACAUACGCUAAAACAGAUCCAAAAGAAUCCCUUGAGGGGGAAAACGGAAAGGAACCAAAGGAAGCGAAGACUAUCGAACCCAUUGCUGGGUUUAUUAUAAACCGACCGGGAACCCCAUUUCCCCGUGAAAUACUACUAAAUGAAAAAACAUUCGCUCGUACAGAUCCAGAAGAAUCCCUUGAGGAGGAAAACGGAAAGGAACCAAAGGAAACGAAGACUAUUGAACCCACAGAUGGGCCCAUUACGGACCGACCGGGAACCCCAUAUCCCCAUGUUUUGCCAGAUAUACUACUGGAUGCUAAAACAUACGCUGUUGGAGAUCCAAAAGAAUCCAUUGAGGGGGAAAACGGAAAGGAACCAAAGCAAACAAAGCCUACCGAAUCCACUGCUGGAUCUAUUAAGAGCCGCUUGAAAGCCCCACAUCCUUAUGAUUUUCCAGAUCCAGAACCUAUUAUGGACCGGCCGGGAACCUCAUAUCAAAAUGAACCUAUUAUGGACCGGCCGGGAACCCCAUAUCCCCAUGUUUUGCCAGAAAUACUACUAGAUGCUAAAACAUACGCUGUUGGAGAUCCAAAAGAAUCCUUUGAGGGGGAAAACGGAAUGGAACCAAAGGAAACAAAGCCUACCGAAUCCACUGCUGGAUCUAUUAAGAGCCGCUUGAAAGCCCCACAUCCUUAUGAUUUUCCAGAUCCAGAACCCUUUGAGGGGCCUAACCGAAAGGAAACCAAGAAACGCACAGAAUUACUAGAUAGUAAGACAAUCGCUAGUACACAUCCAGAAGAAUCCCUGGAGGGGGAAAACGGAAAGGAUCCAAAGGAAACAAAGCCUACCGAAUCCACUGCUGGAUCUAUUAAGAGCCGCUCGAAAGCCCCACAUCCCUAUGAUUAUCCAGAUCCAGAACCCUUUGAGGGGCCUAACCGAAAAGAAAACAGGAAACGCACAAAACCCACUGAUCUAAACGAUACAAUAUCCUUGGCUGACACCGAAUCCACUGAUUAUGACGCAGAGCUCCAGAUGAUUGCCACGUUAAGCACAGAUAUAGAAACAGAAUCCGAAAUGUAUCCCGAUGCCGAACUGGACACAUCCCUGGGCUCACUGGGUUCACUGGGCUCACUGGGCUCAUUGGUCUCACUGGGCUCACUGGGCUCCCUGGGAGACGACAAGUUCCUGAAGUAUUUCAAAAUUGAUAGCGACAUUGAUCUGAUUUCCGAUGGUGUGGCCGAUUUGGGCAAGGCCGAGAUGAAGCUAGUGUUCUGCGAGGAGACGAUGACCGAGGAGAAUGUCGGCAAGGCCCUGAGGCAGUUGCGUCAGGUUCUCGAGGAGCGCGACGAGAUUCGCGACCACACCGACCAGCUCUACCUGGAGCACGCCCAGCGGAUGGAGGACGACUGCCGCAGGGCCCUGCGCAAGUCCACGCGCUGCCGAGAUUGCGGCAAGAUCCACUAAGAUGUAUUCGAAAUAUCAAUGGCGAUUAUAUAAUCACGUUCUGUUUAAA